AUUCUGUACACGCCGGGCUGUUUGGGGUGGAGUUGGCACGAAACGAGAUAAAUAUUACGUCGCACCAUAACACAACAGCAGCUGCAGGACGUGUACUACGCCCGCCGGUCGCGACACUAUGUGCCUAUUUGCGGCUAAAAUGGAUUGGUACAAAAGAUGAAUUCUAAUUAGACCGGAAACGCCCGUAAUCCAGCUUACAUAGUGGACUUACCAAAGGCAAACACAUAUGCACACACUGCAGUGCGCCGGCAUAUAACCAUCGAUAUCGGCAGUCCGGCGUGCGUAUACAGUAUACCAUUCUGCAGUUGUGGGUUGACAGCCCGUGCAUAUAUGCACGCGCACAGUGGUCCCCACCAUUUCCACCCUACCGGAUACUCAAAUAGAUGCUUGCUGUUUCCGGUUAAAAGACUAUCCUUACGGUUGUGCGCUAUUCGCCUCGUUUUACUGCCCAGAUGCAUGAAUGAACAUCAUGAUUGUAUGUCUACAGAAGAAAGUGUACGAUGUGUUUUGGCGGAUCGGUUCGUAAGCGGUUCGCUGUUGUGUCCGUCGAUGCGGAUGUUGUGUCAUAUGCAUAGUCCAUACUGCAUGGUAGAACCGGCAUCAUUUGCAUUUUGACAUUACAGCGUGAAAUUGACGUUGCAUUACUGUUUAGCGACGCGAGCGAAAGUUGUAUACUAGUAUUUUAUUAUUUUGAAAUAAGGACGAGUUAUGUAUGGGAUGGUUACUCGUCUGAAAACGGUUAAUUACGCAUUACGAUCAACGCUGUCAGUCUAGAUAGAAACUGCGUAAUGCUGCAUUUUAUGACUCCCAAAUUGUCCUGCUUGGAUGGAAAUGUAUCGCACAAAUCUUACGGGAAUUAAUUACGAUUCCAAAAGACGAUAUUAAGGAGUUGUUGAUCGUGAUCCUGCAUUAAUCAUGGGAUCGGAAACAUAUCAUUCCCGGCAAGCGGCAGCAGGUGCCUAUUCACCGGGUUUAACCCAAGAGGCACUGUCGAAAGCCGGUGCCAUGAUGGAACUAAUGCCGGAUGGACAGCAUGUACGGAUAUUUGGUCUGAACAAGACCUACGAUCUGGAUGAUCUUAUACCCAACGUGAUCGGUCCAGAUGAAACACUGGGCAAGAACGGAGUGUUGAUUACCGUAGUUGGCUAUAUUUUUGUUUCUAUUAUUGGUGCCUUGGGAAAUGCACUGGUGCUGUUUACAAUUUUUUCCCGACCAAAGAUGCGCAUAAUGCGCCAUGUUUUCAUUGCCAAUCUUGCCGCGUCAGAUUUUGUGUUGUGCUCCAUUACAACACCGCUUACUUUGCUGGAGGUGCUGGGGCAUCCUAUUGGAACGCUAGGAGUGAUGUGUAAAAUUGUACAAGCUCUUCAGGCUACCAGCGUCUACGUUUCUACACUCAGCAUUACGGCAAUCGCAUUAGAAAGAUACAAAGUGAUCGUGUACAGUAUCAACCCGACACCCAGUCGCCGCAUCAUAUUGGCGCUAAUGAUCGGUUUCAUAUGGCUAAUCUCCAUGGCUCUUUCCAUGCCCUUCGUCAUUUUUCGCACCAGUCUCCUGAUCGGCAUCCCCAAUAUCCGUGUGUUUUAUCGCUGUACGGAGGUUUGGCCCAUCACAUACGGACGGGCACUGUACAGUAUCUUCUGUAUGGUCUUCCAGUACUGUAUGCCCAGCUUCAUAAUCGGAAUCGCGCACGUGCAGAUUGUCUUGAAACUGCGUCAUCGUUUCUCCACGCGGUUGGACACUCCGCAGACUCUGUCGGUUAAUGGGCAUCACACCACCACCCAGGAGGAUUCGGAAGUUCUGGAGAUUGUUCGCGGUCGGCGGAAGCGCCAGCGGCGCCGUCAGCGUAAAACCAAUUUACUCCUAUGCAUAAUUGCGCUCAUCUUCGCCAUCUGCUGGCUGCCGUUGAAUGUGGUGAAUAUUAUCGCGGAUUUCAGCAGUGAUCUGUACACCGAGAAUCAGGCCUUAUUUCAGAGAAUCUUUGUCGGCGCGCAUCUGUUUGCCAUGUCCAGUGCGGUAACCAAUCCUAUUCUGUAUGGAUUCUUAAAUGAGAAUUUCCGGAAGGAAUUUCAGGAUGUGUUCUUGUUUUGGGUGAGGUGUCUGUGUGGGAAUAAUGCCUUCGUGCUGAACCACACACGGUUAAACCGGCAUGCAAGUACUGUCACCGAAGUGGCUCUUAAAGACCGGCAUCCCGCCGAGUUAACAGCACUGUGACCUUUUGUCGACCGGAUCUCCCGUAAGCAGAUUAUACGAUUAUGCUCACGCGAUGCCAGAUGGAUGUUUGCAAGCCUACAAUUAUGGCUAAGAAGCGGGAAAAUAUUCAAUACCAACCGUUCGCUAUAGUCCAUUACGACAUUACGUUGUAUGUUGUUCACCAGAUGAGUAGCGAUCAAAGAAUUUUUAUAACGGCAGUCAAGGCAAAGUGGGGGUGUACGCAACUCGUUGCACCAACGAAGCACCGGCAUAAUGCGAAUGUGUGUCUGCAGGCUGAUUCUGCUAAGUACGGUGAUUGGAGUUAUUUCUUUUGUAUAAACCUGUGACUGCACCAUUGUGAAUAAAUUGCUGGUGAUGUUAUAAUGGUUUGAUGCGAAAAGGAGCAAUCAUGCAGUUGGAAAAUUUCAGAAUUGGUUUACCGCAGGUGUAAAGCGAUCAAUACUAAUAUUGUUGCAUAA